CGAAAUUUUCCAGGAAUGAACUUUCGAAUCUAAUUAUCUAAGCAUAAGAGGCGGAUCGUUUGUUAGUGUAACGAUAUUCCUAGUUUUGAAGAAAACACCAACAUGGCACAAAAUAUUUUUGCAUCUGUUAUCGUUUUAACUUGUAUUUCUAUGGUACUAAGCAGAAAAUUUACUGUUGAUUAUGAAAAUAAUUGCUUUUUGAAAGAUGGAAAGCCUUUUCGUUAUGUAUCAGGCUCGAUACAUUAUUUUCGUGUUCCUCCUGAAUUCUGGCAUGAUAGAAUUUACAAAAUGAAAAUGGCAGGCUUAAAUGCCAUUCAAACAUAUGUUGAAUGGAGUGGACAUGAACCUGAACCUGGAACAUAUAAUUUUGAUGGCUAUUAUGACUUGCCAAAGUUCUUGAAAACUGCUCAUGACUUAGACAUGCUUGUUAUCUUACGAGCAGGACCAUUUAUUGACGCAGAAAGGGAUAUGGGUGGACUUCCAUAUUGGCUUCUUAGGAUAGACCCUAAUAUGAAGUUUAGGUCAUAUGAUGCAAGUUAUAUUAAAUAUGUGGACAACUGGUACAGUAUUUUACUUCAACGAAUUGAACCGUACUUGUAUAACAAUGGAGGACCUAUCAUCACUGUUCAAAUUGAAAAUGAAUAUGGUAGCACUGGUAUUUGCGAUGCUCAGUACAAGUCACAUUUAAGGGACUUUUUUAAUGUUCAUUUAAAAGGUCAAGUGGUUCUCUUCACUACUGAUGGAUCAAGUCAAUCUGCUCUGAUGUGUGGGAAAACCGAUCAAGUUCUUUCUACAGUGGAUUUUGGCUCUGGUGCCAAUGUCUCUGAAAUAUUUAAUUAUGUCCGUUGGCAACAGGCCUCUGGCCCUCUAGUUAAUUCUGAAUUCUAUCCUGGCUGGUUGGAUCAUUGGGGAGCACCCCAUGCGGAAGUAGAUUCAAAAGGAAUAGUGAAGACACUUACUGAAAUUUUGAUGCACAAUGCAUCAGUCAAUGUAUACAUGUUUCAUGGAGGUACAUCAUUUGGGUUUGGAGCUGGAUCUAAUCUUGGAGACACAUUUCAAGCAUGCCCAACUAGUUAUGAUUAUGACGCUCCCUUAAGUGAAGCUGGUGAUCCAACACCAAAGUAUUUUGCUAUGCGCGAAGCUAUAGGCAAGUUUCUUCCUCUUCCACCUGGACCUUUACCUGAACCUGCACCCAAAAUGAGCAUACCUCCUAUUGCUUUGAAAAAAGUAGCUUCUAUAUGGGACUAUGCCUCUGUGAAUAAUAAUCCAGUUGUAUCUCCAUUCCCUCUCUCAUUUGAAAACCUUUCUCAUCCUUAUGGUUUUGUUUUGUAUAGCAGCACUGUUGACUUCAUUCCUAGUGAUCCUGCAGUUUUGACCGUGAAAGGUAUAGCUGAUCGAGCGUAUGUAUACGUUAAAAAGGUUCUGCAAGGUAUCUUGAGCAGAGAGCAUAAAAUAGAAACCAUUCCUAUUAAAGUCCUUCAAGGAGAAACUAUUGAUAUACUAGUGGAAAAUGAAGGACGAGUAUGUUUUGGAAAUGGCAUCAAUGAUAGGAAGGGAAUAUUUCAAAACGUCACAUUAGGAUCUAAAAAUCUUCGAAAAUGGACUAUGACACCCAUUCCACUAGAUGAAGCAUCAUUGAGGGAAAUAAAUUCCAACAUUCUCUUGAAUAAAAAAGAAUAUUCGCUGCAUGCCCCAGCAUUCUAUUCUGGAGAGUUUGUACUUCAAAAUAAAACUUCUUAUGAUACAUUUCUACAUCUGCAAGGGUGGCACAAAGGAGUCGCAUUUCUGAAUAAUUUUAACCUUGGACGCUACUGGCCAAUAGUUGGACCACAAGUUACGUUAUAUGCUCCAAGCGUGUUAUUUAAGCCUCCACCUGAAAAAAAUAAAAUUGUACUUCUAGAGCUGGAACAUGCACCCUGUUCUAAUCAAAAAUAUUGUACAGUGGAAUUUGUACAAAAUCCAACAGUUAAUGGAACAACUCCUACAUCUUGAAAA